AACAAGCUGUAAGUUUGGGAAAGAGAGAGAACGCGCCAACGCGGGGGUAGGUGUGAGAUUGACCGAACCACCUCUCGAACACUUCACGUAUAAAGACCCCUUCACACACCUCCCUUUCUUCUCAGCUUGACGUUCCCUUCUGUAGAGAACACCAAGCUUGAAAAAAAAAAAAAAAAAAAAACUCUGUAUUCUUUCUAUCAUUAGAAUAAGCGCAACGAAAGCAAACCAAUUUAACGAUGCAGGCGAUCUCCCCUUCGUCUCCCCUCAAGUCUUUAGUCCCGACUGGGCGUCGACUCGCCCGAGUCACCCCCAACAAGCUUUAUGUUCAUUGCAUCUAUCGGUCAGAUUCUGUCCAUUUCUCUAACGGCGUUGGCUCCAGCCGAGCUGACUGGCAAAGUUCUUGCGCUAUAUUAGCCAGCAAAGUCGUUUCUCAAGAGCAAUCCGGUGGAGAUUCCGGUGGCGGCGGCGGCGGCGCUGACCAUGUGGCUGCUGUCAACGGUCAUAAGACCUCUAUGGAACUUAGUUUAAUCCCUCUCAACAAAGAUUCUAAUGAUGAUGGCAACUCUAAUAAUAACAAGCCCAUGAAGCCGUUAACUAUUACGGAUCUGUCACCGGCUCCUAUGCAUGGCUCUCAGCUCCGUGUGGCUUAUCAGGGAGUUCCAGGAGCAUAUUCGGAGGCUGCCGCGGGGAAAGCUUAUCCAAACUGUGAAGCUAUUCCUUGCGAUCAAUUUGAGGUGGCUUUUCAGGCGGUUGAGCUCUGGAUCUCAGAUCGUGCGGUUUUACCAGUUGAGAAUUCUCUCGGCGGAUCUAUUCACAGAAAUUACGAUUUGCUUCUCCGCCAUCGCCUCCACAUCGUCGGUGAAGUACAAUUACCAGUCCACCACUGUCUCUUAGCCCUUCCUGGCGUCCGCAAAGAGUACAUUACUCGAGUGAUCUCUCAUCCUCAAGCACUCGCACAAUGCGAGCUAACGCUCACUAAACUCGGACUACACGCCGCCCGGGAGGCAGUAGACGACACGGCUGGAGCUGCAGAAUACAUAGCCGCCAACAACCUUCGCGACACAGCAGCCAUAGCCAGCGCACGCGCCGCAGAGCUGUACGGACUGCAAAUACUGGCCGACGGAAUCCAGGACGACUCAAGCAACGUGACAAGGUUCGUGAUGUUGGCGCGUGAGCCAAUUAUCCCGCGCACGGACAGGCCAUUCAAGACGAGCAUCGUGUUCGCACACGAUAAGGGAACGAGCGUUCUAUUCAAGGUGCUAUCUGCUUUCGCGUUCCGUAACAUCAACUUGACUAAGAUUGAGUCGCGGCCGCACAGGAACCGCCCAAUCAGGCUGGUGGACGACGCGAAUGUCGGCACGGCGAAGCACUUCGAGUACAUGUUUUACGUGGAUUUCGAAGCUUCAAUGGCGGAGGUUAGGGCACAGAACGCGCUGGCGGAGGUGCAGGAGUUCACGUCUUUCUUGAGGGUCUUGGGUAGCUAUCCCAUGGACAUGACCCCUUGGUGCCCAUCGCGGGGAGAUUAGCAAAACCCACCGAUAGAAAAUUCCAGAAAAAAGAAAAAAAUAGAACCCUUAAAAUUGUUAUUAUUUGCAAAACGAAAGGGUAAUUGAUUUUUUUUUUUUUGGAAUUUUUUUAUUAUUUUAUGUUUGGAAUUUUUAAUUAAAUGGAUGAAUAUUUGUUGGGGUAAAUAUUUAAAUUCAAAAUAGUUGUGGGAGUAACGUGUAAGAAUGUGAAUUACCAUUUGGCACUCAAUCUUUUUAUUUUUAUUUUUUUGAGGAAA